CACAUCAUCCUUGAUUGGAAGAAGUUAAAUAGCAAACAAGUAUAAAAGUUAUAGUUAAAAUAAUCUCUUCGUUAAAGUAAUAAACAUAUUUGAAUUAAUGAGUGCAAAUAAAAUUAAUCAUAUCAAUUAAAUUGUAGAUUUCAUUUCACUCCUUCUUUGUAUCCAUACAAAAUAGUGAUAUUCAAUAAAAAUUAUUCAAUUUUAUUCAUAAAAGUAUGCAAUCAUUUCAUCAAUGUUUUAUGACGUCACGUUAAACUAUCGUCCGUAAACCGACUUUACGGACAACCAAUUUUUUUUUAUUUCAAAUUAAUUGAACUCUUGGUAUCUGUUGUGCCCAACAUAAUUUUACAGUUAGUUAAUAUUUAGUUUGGUAAAUAUGUAGAGUAGCGGUAUUUGCGGGAAAAAAAUGCUAAAAAUUCCGAAAAUACUUUUAUUCUAUGCUCUUUCACUUCCUCUUAUCAAAACAACCGAUGGAGAUAAGAAAUUCCAAAUACUUUAGGAGAUAUAUAAUUUUUUAAUUUUGCAAUACAUGACCUGUGCAACCAUUCGACCGUAGACAAUUUUGUUAUUUUGCCGUGUGUUCGUGAAUGCGUAAUUAAUAAAAUGGUCGAUUAGGUCAGGUGAUACCUAUACUCUGAGGAUUAGCAAAACCGUCGCCGCGGCGCCCCCCCCCCCCCCCUGCCACAGUGCCCCUGGCGGGGGCCAUCCCUGCUACCCGCUUGCUACGCCACUGGUUGUGGGUGAAAUAUAAUGGAUUGGUGGAGUGAAGACGAUUUUGGUAACGAAUGCUGGAGUAUUAGGCUACAGAAAUGGCUGCAGGAACCUAGUAGAACUAUUAACGAAGCAAUAAAACAAAGAAAUGAACUGAAUAGUGGUAGUUGUCAUAAUGAAGAGAAUGAUGGUCAGAAGGAUGACCUUCAGCAAGAUGAUGACAGCAGUGAAGACAACAGCAAUGCAAGCGUUAUCAUUCUAGACUCUGAUUCCUCCAUGGAGCCUUGUGACAUCACAUUUCCUAUUUUCAAACCAGAGGUGACUGAGAGUAAUAAUGAAGAGAAAUGUAAAGAAGUAGCUUCUGUUGAAAAACAACUUGUAUGCAGCUCUUCUGAAGAAAGCAACAGAUUUCCAAGCGGCAGUAUUACACCAGUGUUUCAACACUCGGAUAAUUCAAAAAGCAGUAUUUCUCCAGUGUCAUCAGAAGAUUUACAAAACAGGAGUCCCUUGAAAUCAGAAAAUACAAAUAUAAGUUUGAAUGAUUCUUCAUGCUCAGUGGGUGACAAUGUAUUAUUAAGUAGAAAAUAUGUAAACAUCCUGAACAUCAGCAAAACUACCCAUGUAAACUUUUUUAAUUGCACGAGCACAACUGAAGCUAAUGUUUAUAGUCAGUCUAUGGUGGGGUCCUUUUCUUGUUAUAUUUGUAAGCAAACGUUUACAAACAGAGGCACCUUGAAACAACACAUUCGUGUUCACAGGCCACGGAAACAACCCUUAUGUGCAGCACGAAGUGCAGAGUUUAUUUGCAAAAGCAGCCAGAAAAAUCAAAUUAAAAAUGUGAAAAGUAAUUUAUUAUCAUGUUUGUUUUGCUACAAAAAAUAUACCAAGUAUUAUCUCAGACAACACAUGCACACCCACACAACUGGGAAACCAUUUUCGUGUUCAGUUUGCAGUGCAAAAUUUAUUACAAAACAAUCUUUGAAACGUCAUAUACUUACUCACACCGGUGAGAAACCAUUUUCAUGUUCAGUAUGUAGUGAAAAAUUUCGUUUAAAAGAAACUUUGGAAAAUCAUGUUCAUACUCACACUGGUGAGAAACCUUUUUCCUGUUCAGUAUGUAGCGCAAAAUUUUGUACAAAAAAAUCUUUGAAACGUCAUAUACGUACUCACACCAGUGAGAAACCUUUUUCCUGUUCAGUAUGUAGUGCAAAGUUUAGUACAAAACAAUCUUUGUUAGUGCAUAUACAUAUUCACACAAAACCAUUUUCAUGUUCAGUAUGUAGUGCAAAAUUUAGUUUAAAACGAUCUUUGAUAGUGCAUAUACGUAUUCACACCGGUGAGAAACCAUUUUCAUGUCCUGUAUGUAGUGUAAAUUUUAGGUUAAAAGGCACUUUGGGAAAUCAUAUUCGUACUCACACUGGUGAGAAACCUUUUUCCUGUUCAGUAUGUAGUGCAAAAUUUAGUACAAAAAAAUCUUUGAAAUGUCAUAUUCUAACUCAUUCUGAUGAGAAACCUUUUUCCUGUUCAGUAUGUAGUGCAAAAUUUAGUACAAAAAAAUCUUUGAAAUGGCAUAUUCUAACUCAUUCUGAUGAGAAACCUUUUUCAUGUUCAGUAUGUAGUGCAAAAUUUAGUGUCGAAAGGUACUUAAAAAGUCAUAUUCGUACUCAUACUUAUGAAAAACCAUUUUCAUGUACAAUAUGUAGUGCAAAAUUUAGUAUCAGAAGGUACUUAAAAAAACAUAUUCGCAUUCAUACUGAUCAAAAACCAUUUCCCUGUACAAUGUAGUACAAAAUAUAGUGAAAAACAAUAUUUGAUACGACACAUGCGUACUCACACUGGUGAGAACUCUUUUUCCUGUUCAGUAUCAGGUGCAAAAUUUAGUACAAAACAAUGUUUGAAAUGCUAUUUUAACUCAUAACGUUGAGAAACAUUUUUUGUGUUCAGUAUGCAGUGCAAAAUUUUAUAGGACAACAAUUUUUGAAAUGCCAUAUUCGUACAAACACUGGUGGAAACAUUUUUCAUGUUCAGUAUGCAAUGCAUAUUUAAGUGUCAGAGGCAACUUGAAAAGGCAUACAUGUAUACAUACACACUAGUAAGAAACUAUUUUUUAUAUUGCUAUGCGAACAGCAAAAUUUUCUCAGGAAGUUGGUUUAUGAAACACACAGAUGACAAACCGCAUUGAAGUAAUGGUUGGCAGUUAUAGUUUGUUAUACGAAAGCCACCUUUGGUCAUAUGUUCUUACAUACUUUUUAAAAAACACCUUUUUAUGUGCUUUUUGUUCAGCUAAGUUUCGUUAUGAGGCCCACUUGAAGAAACAAAACCAAUAAAUAUUAAUGAAUUUCUUUACUAUUAUUGUAUUUUCUCAUUAAAGCAGGUAUUAAUAAUGAGGAUUUAAUACUGAAAACAACUGUGUGCUGCUACUUUAGGUAUAAAAAAAAUUGGUACUUCUUAAUUUAAACAUGAGAUGGUUUUUAUUUUGUCAUGCAUGUCUUAGCAGUGUGCUUCGAUUGCGAGCAGAUGUUCACGGUGUUUCUGUCGUGUGCUCAUGAGCAAAUACAGGCGCAGCUGCAGUGUUGCCACAUCUCUUAGUCCACAGCGGUCCAAACAUCCAACGUGCGGUGUUAACAAGAAUGUUUGAUUUCUUCUGUUCGCGAAGUGGCCACAGGCAUGAACAGCUGUUUGUUACCUGCUGACCUGUGACACAGCUGCCAUGACUUUUUACUGCGUGCUUAUUUUCUCAGCUCACAACGUGUACAGCUUGGAUGUGCACCAAUCGUAGUCUCUACGUUUUCCUCAAUCACCAAGUCAACAAACUUGAACCAGCUAGUUCUUUCCGUGAAACUUCGCCCCAUUCAUGUGCCCCUGACAUUUCACUAAUAUUUUCCUUGUUAUCCCGUAAACUUACUAACUUUCAGAAUACAUAUGUUUAGUGAUGGGUCGAGUCACCCUAUUUCAGCAUCGAGUUGAGUUCGAGUUAAACAAAGAAAUUUAUCUUCGAGUCGAGCUCGAGUCGAACUCAUAGAAAUUUGUCUUCGAGUCGAACUCGAGCCGAACUUAUGGAAAUUUGUUGAGAUGAGUCAAACUUAGCGAGGUUCAAGUGGCAGAAUGAUGAGCGAAAUAAAUAUAAGUUAAAUAUUUCUCAAUAUAAUAUAUGUAAUUAAAUAUGAAAACUUUGAAUUAUUGAAGGUUUCCCUACACAUUUUGAUUUUUGUAUUUUUUUUUAAUCUUCAUACUGACGCUUUAAGUGAAAAUGCACAUCCAAGUGACGAAUCAGACGUGAAUUUGAUGAUGACUGAGUCUUGUAUUUUUUGCAGCACUUGCAUUUAGCUGUCUGAUGAUCAAAUUUUUCAAAAAAUCCCCAAAUCUCUGCUUUUGAUUUCUAUUCGUCACUUUUUGACGUCCCAGGCCGUACAAACAUAUCUAUUCCACUAAUACUAAGGGCCGGUAUUAUGACCUCCGGCUAAAUUUUCAGGUUAGCUAGCCUUCAGGUUAGGCUAGCCUCCGGUUAACGAACGAGGGGUGUAUUAUGACCCAUACUUAGCCUGAGGUUGGCUAACCGGAACCUAACGAAGCGUGUGGUGUAAUAAUGGGUGUGUUGGUAAUGAAAUAAACCGGAAUUUAGUAACAUUUGUUGCGAGACAGUUUUUUUUUUCUGGUAGAAUGUUAGUCAGCUGUUUGUUUGUAUUGUGAAUCGUAAUGUUUACAACUGCAGUAAAGAAAUAUGCCGCGAACUUUAUCUUGCAACAGAUAUAAGUAAUUAAAUUAACCAAAAACUACUUCGACGUCAAACUUGCUUUGUAUUAAACCAUAAAAUUACAAUUUACGAUUCAAAACCGCGUGUUUUCAACUUUACUCUUGUAUUGAAACUCAUGAUUUUGUUAGGUUAAGCCAAAACUAACGAAGUAAUUCUAUACAAACAAAUUAAUAGGGAUGACAUUUUUGCUAGAGAACACUUAUUUCUUUCAUAAAUUUAUUUCAUAAUCAAAUAAUAUAGACCCUGUUUCGGGAAAAUACUUGUCGAUUUUCAUUUCACUGGUGUAGGUUUCAUUUUUCUAAUAAUAGUUUCGUAUCACGUAUCCAAAUUAUUCCGAUCCUGAUGGAAUUAGUUGUGGUAUAGGAUGCUUGCUGUUUUAAUUUAGUAGGUCGAGAGAUCCUAAGACAUAUUCACUGGGGAAAUAAUUAUGAUUGUAAAAUGUAUACGAAAGAAAUACAUUUUUACAAGACCUGACAUAAUUUGUUUGUAUUGUGAUGUGUUAGGUAUUUUGAGUUAUGUACAGGAUUUUUCAACAUUCUAAAUUAAAACAGCAAGUUUAAUGUAAAACAAGACCAACAUAUAAAGGGUCAUGCCGAUAGGAUCAAGGGAUAAACUUGGAUACGGGAAACAGAAUAAUUCCAGUGCUGUUUUCGUUUUGAACUUGCGUGCCAGGUAGAUAAUAAGUACCUAAAGGUUUGUAAGAUAGGGAAGGGAUAAUUGGGUAACAUUUAUUUUCACAUUCAAUUGUAUUCAUUGAAUUAGAACCACGUCUGAAGUCGUAUGAAGUGCAUUUCAUUCCCGGCAUGUCCACUGUAUUACGAAUAAAAAUUCACAGAUACAACUUCCACGAAAACACACAUUUUAUAGGUAAUAAUAAUAACCCUCGUUUUGCAGUUUUAAAAUUCACUUAUUUACACAUAUUCUUAAGCAGGAACAUUUAAGUUUAUAUACAUUGCAUACGUUUAUGUACUUCGUGAUUAAUUAAAGUCAAAUAAUAAUACACACUCGACGAGAAUAGAAAAGCAUGACUACACUUUCAUGCCAUGUAAUUUUUAAUAAAACUUUGUCGAAUACGGCGAAGCAUUUUAUAUUUAGUAAUACAUUAUUCCAUCGCAUCCUGCAAAUAUUCAAUAGAAUUCCUCAAAUAGUCAUCAUUACUAUCAACAACUAACCCCCCCUGAUACAUCGCCAUUUUAUUUUCUGUUGCUUAGCGUCCGGUUAACAUGCUAGCGGCCGGUUCAUCCACCCGCUAGGUUAGCCGGAACUUUAACUGGAAGGUAGACGUUAACAGGGAGUCAUAAAACCGAAAUAAGAGCUAGCAGAGGUUAAAUUUUAGCCGGAGGUCAUAAAACUGGCCCUAAACCGUUUAUGAUUAAUACGACUCCGGCGAAGCAAACUCCAGUGUAAACAUAAACUUCAGUAGCCUCAAUUUUCCGUUCGGCCAUGGAAAACUGGUUGGAGAUUUCAAUUAUUGUUGAUAUCAAUUUGCCAAAGUGGCAACUUUCCCUGGCUGUAUGAUGACUUACAUAGGCCAUUGGCCCGGAGUUAAAAUGGCGGCUAUCUAGUGUUUAGUAGUAAAUAUUAUUUACUUCCAAAGCUGCCCAAAUAUUAACGUGGUCUUGUUCAUGACUGAAUCUAGAGAACAUUUUUUAAAUUCCGUUAUAGUUAAGUUAAAUAAAGGUAUUUUGUUGCAGUUAUAAAUAUUAAGUGCAUAUUGAAGGAUGGGAUACAUGUUUGCGGUUACACACGAUCAAAAAUAAAUAAUCUUCCGACUUCGUUUUCAAGGUUUUCAGUGUUGGAUCAGAGGUUUUCCACUAGGUAGGCCUAAAUAAUACAUUAUAUUUUAUUUUAAAGUGCAUGGUUUCGGAUAAGUACCUACCUUCACUAUUGGAAAUUGUGCAACAUUAUAGUCGAGCCAAAAACUAAACUUUGACGAGACUCGAGGACACGAUCUUAAUCAACUCGAUUUUCGAGUCGAGUUUAGUUUCGCCGGCUCGACUCGCUCGAUUUUUCGAGUCUCGACCCAUCACUACAUAUGUUAUUUAUUUACUUAAUUUUUUUUUACAUGGAACAGGACUGCAGAUAGGCUAGUACCACUUGUAGGCACUAUAGUGCGUCCCACUCUUAGGUUGCAGUGUGGAAGUAAAUGGGCGCUUACUCUCUCUCUCUAACACACGCCGACUGCCGUUAGCUCUGUCCUCGUUACUUCGUGUGCUGUUGGCAUAUGCCAUACAAAUUUGCAAUCGUAUUUUUUGGACAAAGCAUUUUUGCAUUUUUGUUUUUAAAAGCAACACCAGCUCAGUUGCUCCUGCAGUGUUCGUGUCCGUAGCUGUGAAGAAGGAAGUGUCUUGUCGGCGCAAGAGCGCACUGCAUUAGAGGCUCGCUCCCAAACUGUUGUUGUGAGAGGAAACACGGCAGUGGGUUUGGAGAAGUGAGGUUCUGUCCUGCAAGCAAGUCCUUGGUUCAGCUGUUUCCUUCGACACGACACACAUUUCUGGAUACCGGCCAGCCAGUCAGUGUCGUGUCUAGCGACCACACGACGCGUUGUGCCUGGUGACUCGUUACAUUUUUCUUUAUUCACAUGUGUGAUUUUAUGUUCUGCCUUUGUGUGGACUACAUGAAUGUAGAACUAUAAAAUGUGGAACACUGAAAAGAAACUACUUUAGUAGGCUAUGAAGGAAGGAGCGUAAGAUAAUGUUGAAAACAUAUUGAGUAUUUUUCAAAAAACCUCAAGAGUGAACGAUGUAAUUAAGGAAGCUUGGGUCAGCGGUAACAAUAGUGACUAAAAGGUAUGUGUCAAGUUCACUUUGCAAUUAUUGUAUGAAUUUGAGCCAAUGGAUGUGUUUAAAUGAUUUCUUGUUGUAGGUUAGAGUAAAAAAAAUGGGUGCGUGUACGUAUGUAUGCCCGUGAAAAGUUAUACUCCUUUGGCAUCAUUAAAAAAUAGGUUGUUAAUUGCAUGCAAAUAAUUAAUUACAAUAAAAUAAUAAAAGGGCUGGAAAAAGACAGUCAACACAGUCAAUAAAGUUCAGUUUAAAUUUGAAAUAUUAAAUAAAUAAA